GCAUCUAUAGACUGAACAAACAUCACAAGUCUGCAACUCCAACAAUCUGUUCCACCCAAUGAAGCAAGUCUUUAACAAUAUAUUUUUUUCGAUAAAAACUAGAAAAGUCAAGCUAGCCCAUCUAUUUAGUGGGUUCCGCACGACCACGCAAACUGAACAUCGAGGAAGCAUCGCAGAAGGUUCUUCCUACUUCCCCAGUAACCUUGGUUGGGUCCACUACUCCUAUAUUUAGGAGAUUAAUUUAAUUUUCAUAUCAUUCUCAGUCAGGAAACUGUGGAUUGCAGCAAUGGCGACCAUCACCCAAACUCAGACGCAAACUGUGGAAGAAUUCCUGCCAAAGACCCAAAUGAAACAAAUUCUAUCGCCAAAGACUAAAGCAAGUGCAAAAACCAAACAAGAGCCACAAGCCUUAGGAUGUCCAGAAGACUGUCCAUGCAAGAUAAAUGCCCAAAAAGCACAAAGACGCCCUCUACAGUUGCUGUUCAAUGUCAUAGGAAUUAUUGUGGCGUUGGUAGCCACUUAUUUGAUAGUGACCACAGAUUCUAAUAUCUACUUAAUAUUUUGGAUUUGUUACUCUGUUCUGAGGCGGCUAACGAAGUCUAAAUCCAGGUCCCAUGUUAAGUCUGACUGAGUCUAUAUUUUAUGUAUCGUAUUUAUUCCUAGGCUUAAGUAUUUAUUUGUUUAUUUAUUCGCACUAACUGAGCAUGCAAUGUAAUCAAUAAACUGUUUAUUGUUUA